UCUGACCCGGAAGCAACUUUCACAAUCGGCACCUAACAACACGGAUGUGCCGUUAGCAUUUCUGCUAGCUGCUAACCAGGUCCGGGAAGUUGCAAUAUUCCCCCUGAGCACUGAAUCCCGACGAAGCGUCCGAGGAUCAACGUGUCCGGUGUUUGUUCGUCUGUGAAGUUCAAACUGCACCGGGUCUCACCGAGGCUAAGUUAGCUUAGCAUCAGCUAACGCUAACCCGAGGCCAGAGGCUGCAGCGUCUUGUGUCUGAGCCGACGUGGAUGUUUGGUGUAUAACCGUGGUUUAACCAGCAUGUUAACGUCACCACAGCAGCACGUGUCCACUGUGUAGCUGGAGGUUUCAUGGUGUAGCUCGGCAGGAGAUUAGCCCAAGAGAACAAGGACCUAGCAGUCAUGGAUGAUUUCAGCUCGAUCAGCCUGUUGUCUCUGGCCAUGUUGGUGGGAUGCUACGUGGCCGGGACGAUACCUCUGGCUGUCAACUUCUCAGAGGAGAAGCUGAAGCUGAUCACGGUGCUGGGAGCGGGGCUCCUCUGUGGCACUGCCCUGGCUGUGAUCAUCCCUGAGGGGGUCCACGCACUGUAUGAAGAGAUCCUUGAAAGUGGGCAUCACAGCCCCGGCCAGGUCGGGGGGGCAGAGGUGUCCGACUCGAAGGUGAACGCAGCAGCCGCCCUCGGCGUCGCUGAGAAACACGAGCACAGUCACGAGCAGCUCCACGCCUGCAUCGGCGUGUCUCUGGUUCUGGGCUUCGUCUUCAUGCUGCUGGUGGAUCAGAUCGGCAGCGCUCACGUGCACAGCACCGCUGAAGAUCCAGAGUCAGCGAGAGCGGCCUCCUCAAAGAUCACCACCACCCUGGGUCUGGUGGUCCACGCUGCAGCUGACGGCGUGGCGCUCGGAGCUGCAGCCUCGACCUCUCAGACCAGCGUGCAGCUCAUCGUCUUUGUGGCUAUCAUGCUGCACAAGGCUCCGGCGGCGUUCGGUCUGGUGUCUUUCCUGAUGCAUGCUGGUCUGGAGAGGAACCGCAUCCGCAGACAUCUCCUGGUCUUCGCCCUGGCGGCGCCUGUCCUCGCCAUGCUCACAUUUGUAGGCCUCAGUCAGAGCAGCAAAGAGGCCCUGUCAGACAUCAACGCCACCGGUGUGGCCAUGCUCUUCUCCGCCGGCACCUUCCUGUACGUAGCCACCGUCCACGUCCUCCCUGAGGUGGGGGGCGGCGGCCACAGCCACGCUUCCGCCGGAGGGAACGGAGGGAAAGGCUUGAGCAAGGUGGAGGUGGGAGCUCUGGUGCUGGGCUGCCUGAUUCCACUGGUGCUGUCGGUGGGGCACCACCACUAGACCCCGGCUCAGGACGGGGUUACAGACGGGUGAACAGGGAACGAAGCUGAAACAGAGACUUCAAACUUGGUGGAUAUAAAUGUCUUAUUGCUUGUCGGCUGAUGGGCCGCGGGGACCAGGCUCGUCUCGGGCACAUCUCAUGACUCAGAACCGGAGUUGACUGGGGGGGGGGGGGGUGAAUGAUGCUCAGGAAGUAAGAGCUGAAUGAAAUCAACGCCACACGACACAGUGGUUUUCUCCUGACACCCGCGACUGAUCCUGGUACAGCUGCUGUAUGUGUUGAUCCUGUUCUGACAGGGGCCACCGGGCGGCUCAGUUUAUUCACCUCACUGUGGAGUUUUCAGUGUUGCUUUAUCACUGCUUGUCCAAAGUCUAAGAAUCAACUCUGAGUUCGAUUCCCGUGAUGUUCUGCUCGACGGCUGCUGCCCAGUGAGAUUAAGAUCAAGCUUGUGAUGCUGAGAACGGUUUUUUUUUUUAAUUGUGUGUAAUUGUACAGCUCUCUCUAAAGUAAGGAAUAAUUAGAAAUGAUUUAUGAAGUGCCAUAAUUGCAAGUUUGAAACCGACCCCCGAUGAAACAGCGCUGUACAGACUUUACGGUUUAUAAAUGGAUAUUGUUAUCAUGGACACUUGUGUGUUUUCUACAAAUGAACACGUUCAGAUUUCUGGUCCAAUUCACAUCCGUCAGUCUUUAUUUGACCUGCACACAUCUCUGGAUGUGUGCAUUCUGCUCUGUUUAUCUUGGAGGUGAAUCAUAAAUGGUUGUUAGGGAAACUCUGUAAUGAAAAGUGAAGGUGGGGGGGCGUGAUUCCAGCAGGUGAAGGUUCCUCAAGGUCGUUAACUCGCUGAACUCGUGAUGGGCCCAUCGGCUCAGGAGGACACACAUUUACAGAUUUCUUGGGCGUUUAGUUUUCUCCUCAAGGAUUUAUUAAUUAUACCUGAGCAACAAUUGUAAAAACUAAAAGUCACCUUUUCCUCCGGAGUGCAGCCGGGUCUGAAAGUGGCACAGAGCGGUUUGUGAUGUGAUUCUAACACCAAGACCAGUUGAUGCAUUGAAGUGUCAGCAGGAUUCUGCCUCUUGUGUCAGGACUCAUGGAUGUUGUGAGUCUGAAUGACUCAUGUGUUUGUAUAUGUACAUUAUUCACAGCAACUUCUUCCUUCUACAACUAUCAUCGUCUCCUGUGUGAGAUGGAACUGCUUAUAGUUCUGUUUUUUAUUUCAUGUUGACAGGGACACAUUUUGCAGUACAGACACAGAAGGUGACAGACGCUCCGUGUAAAUAUUUAAAAAUCUCUCACUCGACUUGUCCCUUAAUUCUGAAGCUUCCACUCACCGAGGCGGUUUAACUUCCCGGCGAGAUAGAAAGAGAGAGAGGGAGAGAGGGGCGAGUGGCGUGCCAACCAGCAGCUGCAUGACUGUUUUAUUUUUAAUGAAAUACAAAAGGGGAAAAAAAAAAAGUUGGCCGACAUCAUGAGUGUGCAACGUCAUCUGAAGCCCUGCUGAGAUUCCAUGGUUUUCAGUUCCUUGUUUUGAUUCAGGAUUCACUCGCGUUGUGAGUCCACGAAACCAAAAUAUAAUCACGUGACGUUCAGUAGAUGUGUCGGAGACAUUUCACAAAGUGGAUGAUUUUACAAGGAACUAACGAUUAUAUCUCUGCUCUUGUGUCUGUGAUGCAUCGUUAAUACACAGCGACUAAAGUAAAGCUCAUUUAUUGAGAGUUAAACAUUAAUAAAUAUCAUCAGGACUGCGGCUGCGGGAGGAUCACGUUGGACAGAUCCAGUUAAAACAAGCAUCUCAUCAAAUCCCAGUUUAAAGGUUAAUUCACAUUGGGUCACAUCUAAGGAAGAAGCUGAAGGAAAGAUGGAUGAACUGUUUCUAUAAGUUCAACAGUGAUGUGUUGUAAAAUGAAAAUGUCUGUGAAGUUAUCAGAGUGGAAACACAGUGAGGUGGGAAUAUUUAAAUACUGCUCCGGUUAAUUGUCUCUGGCAAAAAGAAGGAUUCAUAUCACCAUGACACGAAAUACAUAACAACCUGUUUGAUUAUCUGUAUCACCAAGCUAGAGGAAAGUCCAUGUUUUAGGAUGGUGACGGUUUGUUUCAUUGUGAUUUUGAACAUGUUUAAUUUGUUUUAAGGUUUUUUAUUGAGUGAAUUUAAAGAUGUAAAAUACUGGGAUUUGAUUUGGCCGUCAGCACCUGCCCUAUCAAAGUAAAAUAAUGAAAAUGUGAAGAAUCAGUCAAAAAUAAACGAGAUAAUGUUUAAUAAGGUCAAAUAUUUUAUUUAUUAGAUGUUUUGCUCAUGAUCAAAAUAUUUAGCAAUGUUUAAACUUCACCUUUUUCAUGUUUACAUGUCUCAUCACACAUCUUGAUCAACAACUGUAAAACAUCUGCAGGAGAACUUUUCACACGUUACGAACAGGAAGUGAUGACGUCACAUGUUGAAUCCAGAGAGUUUUGGGAUCAGGUUAAAAUUCGGAUUGUUUCUGUCUGCGUUUUCUUUAUUUCUAUUUUUAUUUCCUUUUCUGCCAUUCCAGGAUGAGUCUGCCUUAUUUCCAUAUUUCUGAUUGUGAAAAUCUGUUGUAAAAGCGAAAAGUGUUUUAUGACAAUAAAAUUCAAGGUUUUCUAACUGGU